AUGGAGUCUGCAGGCGAGACGCAUUACGUCUCCUUCCUCUCCGGUGAAGGUGGAGGUAUGGGUAACUCCCGUGGCGGCAGCAUUGGCAGAAGCGGUCGCUUCUUUGGCUCUCGCUCUGCACGACGCCUUAAGCGGUAUACGUUUGACUUUCGUCUGAAGGCCGCACUGUUGGCUGCUGCAGCGUUCGUUUCUCUGCUCUUGGUGUUUGGCUUCUUCCUGUUUGUGGCGCGUGAAGGGCCUCCUGAUGGGCCCUUCCUGACUCAUGAGGAGGCACCUUCCGUAUGCGAAGAGGGAAGAGAUGCUGGGGGGAUUAUUCCCCCAGCAGUUUUAGAGGAGAUGCCGAUGGACAUCUAUGAGUGGGAGGAUAGGCACUUCGCGGUAUCGUUUAGCCGCUUCAUGACGGAUCACGCCAAGUCGUAUGCCUCGCUCGAAGAAAAACAAAAGAGAUUCAAGAUCUACAAGGCGAAUCUUACCCAUAUCAUGCUUCACAACCAGCAAGGGCACUCGUAUUCGCUGGCUAUGAACAAAUUUGGCGACUGGACGGCUCAGGAGUUCGGCCGCAUGGUGAAGGGUUUCAAGCAAAAUCCCUCGUCUAUGCAGCAUUCAAGAUUAGGAGUCGAUCAUUCUCUCUCAGUGAUUUCUCCUGCCUCGUUGCCGGCGUCCGUGGACUGGCGUUCGAAGGGCUGCGUCACUCCCCCGAAGGAUCAAGGGCAAUGCGGAUCGUGCUGGGCCUUCUCUGCUUCAGGAGCAGUAGAAGGCGCUUGGUGCAGCAAGACACGCGAGCUGGUGAGUCUCAGCGAGCAGAUGCUGAUGGACUGCUCCGGCUAUCUUGGCAACAACAGCUGCAACGGGGGCCUCAUGGAUGAUGCCUUCAGCUACAUCACGCACAGGGGCCUCUGCACUGAGGCCGACUAUCCCUAUGAAGCUCACGAUGACAAGUGCCGCGCAACUCGCUGCAAAGUUCGUGUGCAUAUUGGGGGCUUCUACGACGUGCCCCCAAAGAACGAAACCGCCAUGAAGGCAGCACUCGCCACCCACGGACCCGUUUCUGUAGCAAUACAAGCGGAUCAAGUCGAUUUUCAGUUCUACAAAAAAGGCGUAUUUGACGCACCCUGCGGCACCAACCUUGAUCAUGGCGUCCUUCUCGUGGGCUACGGCACCGACGAAGAAACACACAGAGACUUUUUCAUCAUGAAAAACAGCUGGGGCACUGGAUGGGGAGAGAAGGGGUUCAUGAGAAUGGCACAGCAUAAGGGCAAAGAGGGGCAGUGCGGUCUCCUCUUAGCAGGUUCAUACCCUCUUGUGGAGGGAGAAAAACCGCCCAGCGCCAGCACAGCCCGUCCAGGAGGCAACGGUCAAAGUAGCACCUCAGCAGAGCCGGUGGAGUCGGGAGCAUCGGCUUCAUAG